AUGGGAAUAGAUUCUCAGUCAAGAAACGGCGUCGAUCCAGUCAACCGUUUAUCGAGGCCUCGUGGAGAAUGGCCGAAGGUAAGACAAGACGCUGCCUUCAUCAACGAAGAGUGCUUAGAGUCUAGAUAUCAAGCUUUCCGGCGACACCCAUACUUCAUCCCAUCCGAUGAACUGCAAUUCGAAAGCUAUGAAGCAGGACAUGUCGUUGAUCUCAUCCUGAACAGCCACAAAGAAAACCCCCUCUUCGAUCCCCGGUGGGCCGCAACCGAGAAGCCCGGAUUCGGAUUCUGGAUAUCGGGACGGGGAAAGGGGACGUGGGCUCUUGACGUGGCCGAUAGGUUCCCCAAUGGCACGGUCCGAGGAGUGGACCUUUACCCACCUCCGGUCGACUGGACACCUCCAAACUGCAUACUAGAGGUCGAUGACAUUCUGGAGGAAUGGACAUGGCGUGAAAAGUUUGACCUGAUUCAUAUGAGAAGCUUGCUUGGAUCGUUCGAUCCGGCCGAGUGGACCAAGGUUUAUCAGCAAUGCUAUGACAAACUCCAACCAGGAGGGUGGAUCGAGCAGAUGGAAGUGGGGCCCUUCGUUGAAAGUGACGACGACACUUUGCCGGCGGACAGCGCACUAGCAUCUUGGGGCACGGUGAUCAAAGAAUGCGGCGAGCGCGCCGGUCGCUCCUGCGAUGUCAUAUUCACCAUGGCCUCAAGUAUCCGAGCAUCGGGAUUCGUGGACGUGCAUGAAAAGGUCUAUAAAAUGCCCAUUGGACCAUGGCCCAAGGAUCCCAGACUCAAGGAGGCGGGGAGACUCAAUUAUGACCAAUGGAUGUCUGGGAUGGAAGGAUGGGUCAUGUGGCUUCUCACCAAGCACGGCGCGCCAAAGCCAUGGACCAAAGAAGCCGUUUACGUGUAUUGCGCUAAAGUGCGCAAUGAGAUCAACAAUGCCAAUUAUCAUGCAUACCACAAAGCUCGACGAGUAUGGGCUCGAAAGCCAUUCCCCGGCGAAGUAGUGAGUGGUUCUCAUAGAGACCGCUCUCCGACGAGUCCUCAAGACUCUUCGCAACCAAGGGCCCAAUCAGUCUCAGGAUCUCCGCCGUUGAAAGCGGGCGAGCUUUCUUCACGAGACGACGAAAAGCAGAAAUCGGCGUCGCCAGAGGGGGCCCAACCAUGA